AUGUUGCACCUCAAAAAGUGCCAGUAUUUCAGCGCCCUCUACAUGCACCUUAACCGAGCGCGAAUGAACAUGAUCCUCACGUCAAGCUGCACUGGAAGAGAGCCGCCUCAGCAACCGGAUUCGCCCACAAAUGCAACACUUCAGUGCACAAUCACUGCGCCAACCACACUCCAGCCUCACGGUGCACCAAUCGGUGAACGACAUUCAACCCUUCAGCCGGUGUUUGAGCAUGUCUUCACUGCACUCAUGGCCUAUUUCCUACAGUAG